UUAUUAGCUAAAUAAAUGUGAAAAUUCAACAUAAAAAACAUGUUUAAAAAAUAUAUUAAGUAUUAGAUCAAAUCAAAUCCAAACUUUAUACACUGCACGCAAUGAUCUCAAGGAUCGGGAAUAUUUUGCAGUGUAUAGUGUGCAAACAGGUGUUAAGGAAAGUACUGUGGUAGUUUUUGUUAUUGUUUAGUGCUUCGGGGAAAAAAUUAAACCAAAAGUGCCUUUUACACCGUUGGCUUUAGCCCCGUAGUACGCCUGCAUUGGAAAAAUUCAGAAAUACCCCCCGAACCCCUUGAUAAAAAUAGAAAGAGACUGUCUAAUCCAUAUACACACUCUCAUACAGUAUAAGAUGAGGGCAAAUGUUUUUCAAGGUCCUCUGGUUGGUGAGAACAGCCACCAAUCCUUUCACAUCGCUUCAGGAUUGGCAGAUACGGGAGGCUUAUCUCGGUUUACAGGUCUGUCCCUUUAGUUGCCCUUUUUUUUUUUUUUUUUGCCCGGCUACACGUUACAAGUCCUGCCCAUUGCUCCCGCUGUCUGAGGCUGCGCGCGCAGUGGGAUGCAGAAGGAGUGGCGGAGCUCGCGCGUGUAACUGAGGCAAGCUUCGAUUAUUAGCUACGAUAACAUAUUUAACUCAACAGCUGUUUCCCCCACUGAAUACCCAGUGGUCAAGCGAAACAUAAAUGGACGUGAACCUGUGACUCUCAAGUCGCACCUCUCCGAGGCAGUCAACGGAACGAAAGGCGAGACAGAGCAUUCCGAAGGGCCGGUGGGUGUUGGUCGUCAGAGGAAAAGAUGGGCACGGUGCUCUCUAUUUCUCCCACGUCCAGAAAAGGUGGGAUUCUGGAUGAGAAGACGGAUGGGGGGCACGGAGCUAGCGGCAAGACGGAGAAGAGUCUAAAGCGCCAUUCGGUGCUCAUUUCGGCACUGACUUGGAAGCGAUUGGUCGCCGCCUCGGCCAAGAAGAAGAGUGCCAAGAAAGUGAACCCGAACCCACCAGUAUCUCAGAUCAUUAACCCCGUGGACCAGCUGAACACCGAAAAUCUCAAGAAGUCUCAGUCAGGCUCCGAGCGCAAGACGAAGCCUGGUCCACUUGCCGUGCCAGUUCCUACCGUACCAGAUAAAAGCCUUCGAUCCAGUCAAAACCAGAAUGCGUCCCAGAACGGAAAACAGCUCCUCUCGGUCCAAAGGCAACCGAGUAGUCGCUCGAUCAUCUCCCCCAGACGCGUCAUCGUCCAAGCCUCCACUGGAGAGCUCCUUCGCUGUCUGAGUGAGUUCAUGUGCAGGAGGUGCUACAAACUCAAAGAGCUGAGCCCCAAUGAGAUCAUCCUGUGGUUCCGAAACGUUGACCGAUCGCUGCUCAUCCAAGGUUGGCAAGACCAGGGUUUUAUUACUCCUGCCAACUUGGUGUUUGUCUAUCUGCUUUGUCGGGAGGCGGUGACCGAGGAUAUCUCCAGCGAGUAUGAGCUGCAGGCCACCUUUCUCACCUGCCUGUACCUCGCCUACUCUUACAUGGGCAACGAGAUCUCAUACCCGCUCAAGCCCUUCCUUGUGGAGACCAACAAGGAGGUGUUCUGGGAGCGCUCCCUGCGGAUCAUUGAUAAAAUGAGUGCCAAAAUGCUGCAGAUCAACUCCGAUCCGCAUUUCUUCACCGAGGUUUUCCAAGACCUCAAGAACGAGGGAGGCUCAAAUGACACGAACGGAAGAUGGAAUAAUAACCUGGACCGCUAACUUUGGUUUAUUUUAGAAAGGAGAGAGAAGCUCUCUGAUACCUCUCCACACCUUUCCUUAAAGGGUGAAAUGAAUGUAAGGCCCGACGGAUGAAGGUGUAAAAAGUGUUGCAAUCUAUUGCUGGUUUAUGGCAAAGGACAAGGGGAUUUGCCUCACCUCCACGAGAGGGGGUUCUCGUUAUUACAUAUGUAUAAUACAACCUUCAUGACCUGAAUGUCACGCGCGCGAUCUGGGAGUUUCGUCAUAGUUUACUUAAUGCAUGCUUAAAGUGUUCUACUUGUAUCAUCAUUGUGAUUUUUUGAGGAAGAAAAAAUAUAUAUAACGCUAUCUGGUGCCGGGCUACACUGAGAAAUGUAAAUAUUAGCUUGUGCGUCAGUGUUGGGGUCUUUUUUUCUAUUAGUUUCAGAAGCGAUGUUGCCACAGACGCUGCGCUGUCCAGGGUGCUGACCUGCAACAGACUCUUUUCUCUUGUGGCGUCUGAUGCUCUCUAUCUGAACGCUGAAUGUACUGUUUUACAACAAAACGAUUCUCUACGGUCAUAUGUGCCAAUUGUCAUAGUAUAAAACGUAAUGUUUUAUAAUGUAUAUUUGAAAAUAUAUGAAUACAAAUA